AUGAAGAGAUUGGCGGAGGCCGUCCAUCAACCUCACAAGACUCUGAUUCAGACAGGAAUCACUCCCAAGAACAAAACGGGACGACGAAAAAAAUACCUAAUUCACGUAAGAAACGACGUGCUGAAGGACAAUGGAAGUUUCUUCGUGCCAAAGAAAGACAGAUGUGAACUGUGUGUAGCUUAUGAAAAUGCGGAUAUUGCAGAUAAAGCUAAACUUGAGGAAAAAUAUGAUGAACAUCUAAUUGAGAAGAUUUUAUCUAGGAAAGAAAAAAAGGAAGGCAAGGAAGCUCUUAAGACAAACAAAAACCUGAUUGUGGCUGUAUACGAUUUACAGGCGGUUUUGCAGUUACCCCGUGGCGAUGUCUCUGUUUUUUACUAUAGGAGUAAACUGAAUAACAUGAAUUUCACAGUAAGCAAAUUGAAAACAGAAGAAAGAGGACAAAAAAGGGAUCACCUAACAGCAAGUAAUAGCAAUAAUGAUGAACCUAUUGUAAAUCUUAGUACAACCAAGUGUUAUUUUUGGCACGAGGGCGUGGGCAAUAGAGGUGCCGAUGAAAUCGGUAGCUGCUCGUUUGAAUUCAUUGAAAAAGAAUUACAAAGUCAUACAAGCAACGAGCCCAUUGAUUCAAUUUUCUACUCGGACAACUGUUGUGGGCAGAAUAAAAAUAAGUACAUUGUCGAAAUGUUCAUGUAUGCAGUAAUAAAACACGACAAACUGAAUUAG